UUGUCUCUCUUGAAACGUUGUCACCAUGUCGACGGCUGUGGAAGCGACCGGGUUCCUCAUGUGCAUCAUCAGCUGGCUGGUGACCGGCGCCGCGCUGGGGAACGACUACUGGAAGAUCUCCACCGUGUCCGGCAGCGUCAUCAUCUCCCAGAGGCAGUUCGAGAACUUGUGGCACGCCUGCGCCGAGAACAGCGCCGGCAUCGCCGAGUGUCGGGACUUUGAGUCGCUGCUGGCCCUCCCCGCUCACAUCCAGGCGUGUCGGGCCCUGAUGAUCAUCUCUCUGCUGCUCGGCCUUGGCGCCAUGGUCCUGUCCAUACUCGGGCUGAAGUGCAUCAAGAUCGGCUCGGCCACCGACCAAACCAAGGCCAAGGUCUGCUUCACCGGAGGACUCCUGAGCAUGCUCGCCGGUUUGUGCUGCAUGAUCGCAUGUUCCUGGUACGCCUACAGAGUCGUGCAGGACUUCCACAACCCGUUCUUCGGAGGUAUAAAGUUCGAGCUAAGUACUGGUCUCUACAUGGGAUGGGCCGGAUCCUCUCUGGCUAUACUGGGUGGAGCUUUACUCUGCACCGCCUGUAAGAGAGCAUCAGCUGGAGGCAAGAAAGCCGGUUUUUAUGGAAACAAACCCCAGAAGGUUUACACGGCUACGAACAAGUCUGAUCCAGAUUCAGCCAGGGCUUACGUCUAAAGACAAAUCAACACUUU